AAAAAUGAAAAACAUAUUAAUUUGUAUUUAAUAUGGCAAAAAGAUAAAGAUAAGGGAAGAAAGAGGCGGAGCUCUGUCCACAUUGUAUACGCAGGUCGAAGACAGAAGACUCGAACACAACUAACCUGUUUCACGGAUGGUACCAAUUUGGAAGCUAGUAUAACAAAGGCCGGGGGAAAGGGGAAGGCACUGGGUGGUUCGGUUGCCGGUCAACUUCAGUAGGCGGGGUAGGUGAAUGACGAAACUUGUACUUCAGCUUUUAACAUCUCCAAGGAUAUAAAUCCCCACGCCACCGCAGAAGUCAGAACUCCAGUAACCCAUCGGCCACCACCACCUCUCUCUCUCUCUCUCUCUCUCUCUCUCUCUCUCUCUCUGCUGCCAACCCCCCACCUACCUUCUCUUCCUCCCAAAAUUACUGCAGCCCCACCACCCGGCCGCUCUCUUUCUCAGAGAUUCUGCUAGCAUACGCCUUCCGCGUCCCCCCUCCAUCAGAUCUUCUCACAUUCACCGAUAAUCAUUAAAAUCUCUCCCUUCUCUUUUCAAUUUCACUGCUCGCUUCCAUUUCCAUUUCAGUUGCAAAGAGGGAACGUAAUUAAUUGCCUCAGGAACAACCCCUUAAUUCCCGCCCUUUAAAUAUUUCAUCCCGGAAUCUAAUUCCAACGGAACAAAACCCAUUGUGAGUUGCGCGCAACACUCCCCCGGCGCACGAUAGCGAUCUAGACGGGCGCACUUUAGCGGCGGCUGCGCCGAGUAGAGAGUGGGGGCAAAAUGGUGGUAAUAAGGGUGAGGGAGUCGACGAUGGUGAGGCCGGCGAAGGAAACGCCGAAGCGGAACCUGUGGAACUCGAACGUGGACUUGGUGGUCCCGAGCAUGCACACGCCAAGCGUGUACUUCUACAGGCCGAACGGGGCGGCGGGGUUCUUCGAGGCGAGGGUGCUGAAGGAGGCGCUGAGCAGGGCUCUGGUGCCGUUCUACCCCAUGGCUGGGCGGCUGAAGAGGGACGACGACGGCCGGAUCGAGAUCGACUGCAACGGCGAAGGAGUGCUGUUCGUGGAGGCGGAGACGGACUCCGCCGUCGACGAUUUCGGUGACUUCGCCCCUACCUUGGAGCUCCGGCAGCUCAUUCCCGCCGUCGAUUACUCCAAGGGCCUCUCCGCUUACCCUCUCCUCAUCUUGCAGCUCACCUACUUCAAGUGCGGUGGAGUGUCACUCGGCGUAGGUAUGCAGCACCACGUGGCCGACGGUGCCUCUGGGCUCCACUUCGUCAACACCUGGUCCGAUAUGGCUCGCGGCCUCGACCUCUCCCUCCCACCCUUCAUCGACCGCACCCUCCUCCGCGCCCGCGACCCACCGAGCCCUGCCUUCCGCCACGUCGAAUACCAGCCCCCUCCUCCCAUGAAAACCCCUCCACAAUCCACAAAUUCCCCCUCAGCUCCCGCCCCCGCCCCCGCCCCCGCCGCCGUAUCCAUCUUCAAAAUCUCCCGCGACCAGCUCAACCUCCUCAAGGCCAAGUCCAAGGAAGACGGCAGCACCGUCACCUACACCUCCUACGAGAUGCUCGCCGGUCACGUCUGGCGCUGCACGUGCCGUGCGCGUGGCCUCGCAGACGACCAAGACUCCAAGAUGUACAUCGCCACCGACGGCCGGGCCCGGAUCCAGCCGCCGCUCCCGCCGGGAUACUUCGGCAACGUGAUCUUCACGGCCACCCCGAUGGCGGCGGCGGGCGACCUGCUGUCGAAACCCCCCUGGUUCGCCGCGGGUCGGAUCCACGAGGUUCUGGUCCGGAUGGACAACGAGUACUUGAGAUCCGCCCUGGAUUACUUGGAGCUGCAGCCGGAUCUGUCGGCGCUGGUGCGCGGGGCCCACACCUUCAGGUGCCCGAACAUAGGGAUAACGAGCUGGAGCAGGCUGCCCAUUCACGAUGCGGAUUUCGGGUGGGGCAGACCCAUAUUUAUGGGUCCGGGCGGGAUUGCGUACGAGGGGCUGGCCUUUGUGCUGCCCAGCCCCACGAACGAUGGGAGCUUGUCCUUGGCCAUUUCUCUGCAGACGGAUCACAUGAAGAUCUUUGAGAAGUUGUUAUUUGACAUUUGAAGUUUUAUAAUUUUGGGAAUUUGAAGCCCUCUGUGUCACUGUUUUGGAUUUGAACUCAAAAAAUAAGAGCAAUGUUUUUUUUUUUUUCAUAAAUUGUUUAAUCUUUAGACAUGUGGCAGUUUCGCGUGUGUUUUUUUUUUUUUUUACUUCAUAAAUUUAACUCGCGAAUAUAUGUGAUUUUAAUCAAACAUUCUGUAUAAUUUAGAUGGAAUCAAUGUAUAUUAUUUUUGUAACAA